UUUCUAUUACAGCUUAUUUGGCAUAAACGGCUACCCUUACAGAGCCUGACUACAUCAGGGGUACAAAACCAACCUCCUUUAAAGUUAAGUCCAGGAGGUACUUGAUUGUAUUCCGGUCGUCCCCCUCCCUUGUAAUGAAUCAAGGAGCAAAACAGGGACCAUACCGGUAAAGACACGAUGCGGUCACGGCGUGACGGCCCAGGGCCGCUUUUUCUAUAAUUGUUGCUGCCAUCAGUCAGCAGCUCUACCCACCCUUUCGCCCAGUUCUGGUCCAUUCCCCUUAUAACCUCCUCCUCUCACGCACUUUUCCCCCCCAAUCUCCUACCUUCUCUCACUACAUACCCACUCUUGCAAGGAAAAGCUUUCGACUCCCUCUACUUCCAAACCUAGCCACAUCUCUCCAUCCCCCUUGCCUGUCCCAUAAAACUCCUACCUCGUAAACAACCACAAGAGGCACAAUGUCUACUCGCAAACGGGGCCGCGGAGCCGCAGAGGAUGACGAAGAACUCGUAGCCUUACCCAGCGAUGAAAGUGAAGAGGAAGAAGAAUAUGAAGAAUCUGAUUUCGGCGAAGAAGAGGGAGAAGAUGAGUCAGGCUCCGGGGAAGAAUCUGAAGCUUCUGAGGAAGGGGAGCCUGAGAAAGAAGAACCCGCACAUAAGAAACGCAAAGUAGCGCCAGCCCCGUACACUGAAGCUCAGGGCGCAGAAGGGGAGGAAGAGGAAGAGGAGGAAGAAGUUGAAGAACCGGAGCCAGAAGGAGCCGAGAAAGGCCUGGAGGCCGAAGGUGAUGAAGAUGAAGAGCAGGAGGAGGAAGAGGAAGAAGAAGCAGAACAGAGAGAGGACGAUGCACCAGCGCCUGUUAAGAAAGCUGGACUGGCUGUGUCCGAGGUGCCCGCGCCCGUUGAAAAAGUUGCUACUACCAAUGGUGCCGCGGUUGCUCCUGCUGCCGUGGAAGUGGGUAAUGGCGAAUAAGAGCUGGUAAUCGUGCAGCGCCACAGCCGGAGGGUUGCGGAAAAAAUGAGGGUUCGCGGUUAAUAAUUUUUUUUUUGUCGUUGUUUGGUUUUUUUUCUACUUCUUGUUUUUUCUAUUUAAUUGGGGGGGUUUGUAAGGGGAUAUGUGGGACCAGGUUUUCGCGCUCUCUUUUUAUGCGGGGGCGGGGAAUCAUUUCAUUUGGGCUGAGUAAGGAAGGAAAUAAUCGAAUUUUCCGCGAUUUAUCUCUUUUUAGGUCCGAUUAUUUUCACUGAAGUAGUUUCUUAGUUAGUUUGUUAAAUGAAUGCUGUUCAUAUAAUCUUUCUUUUUUUUCCUCUCUCUGGAAGGAAAAUAUCGUUUUUCUCUUCGAGAGAGGAGAAAAGUUAUGGAGUCCAUUUUUCUCCAACUUAUUUUUUUCUUCGCCUAUUAUCCAAUCAUUGAAGACGGC